CUUUUUACUUAUCGCGGAUUUUGAUUUUGAUUUUGAUCUUGUGGUUUGUACCUUGCUAUAUUCUUUUCUAUUUUCUAGUAUACGAUACGAUUUCAUAUUAUACCAUAUUACAUUAUAUUAUACCACCAAAAGAAGACAAGCCAUGUUGCUCGUUAAGACGCUCUCUAUUCUCCUAGCCACGGCUACUUUCUGCGCUGCGCAAGGCAGUGAAGAGAGCGUGGAGGCUGUUCGUGCCCCGAUCCCCGCUCGCAAGGACUUUACGCCGAUCGAAGAGGCCGGGCUGGAGAGGAGGGCGACCUGUGCGGAUGGGGGGCAAUGUUUGUUCGGGCAGUGUUGUGGGGGUGGUUGUGCGCCGAUUUGUUGUGCGCAUGAUAAUGGAGGACUUGGAUGUAAUCUGUCCGAACGAUGCCAGUUCAAGGGAAAUGUAUUUGUGGGGUGUUGUAAUGGGUUUAUUGGACGAUGCACUGGUGAAGCGACGCGGGUGACUGUGCAUUCGCCGGCCGACAGUACCAUGUUUAAUACUCAGACUGCCACUUCGACGGAUAAUGAUGAGACGACGACGACGUCAACGACGAGAUCUACGCGGACUAGGACCUCUGCGGAAUCUACGGCUACGGUGACCUCUGAUGAUGAUCAUAGCUCCGGCUCGAGUCCCAGUUCCACCUCGAGUAAUGGGUAUCGGAGGACGUCGGCCACUGAGACUGGUUCUACGACACGUAGUUCGCCUAGUGCAAAGGAUAGUGUUGGUUCUAGUUCUACCGGUACUUCUACUGCCUCAAGGGCUACUUCUGGGCAGAGUGGGGAUGAAACUGGGUCCGCUAAUGCUGCUCCUGCUAUUACGGCUUUGGCACGGUUGGAGAUGGGAGCUGUUGCUGUUGGGGCUUUGUUGGUUUUCUAGGUUUAAUGGGAGGGAAGGGUAUCCUGGGGCGAUAUCGAUAUGAAUCAAAGUUAUGGUGGAUAUGAGCUAAUGGGAUUGUAUAUACUAAUGAGGUCGGUUGGUAGCUAAUGCUUACGCAUUUAGUUAUGGAUUCUAUAUAUAUGAAUGAUUGUAUGAGGUUGUUU